CCACCAUUGCACUAAAGUCCGUCGGUGCGGACGUAACUUCCAAACAUGGACGGAGUAACAGUUGUAGACAAUUCAAAUGGCCCAGGACCUGUCAGUGAAAGCCAAGAAAGAGUAGACCAUGGGAAUCCAGAAGACCCAUCAAGCCCGGACGCUCACAAAGGCCCGGAAGGCCCACCAGAUUUCUCCGCACCUCCACCACAAGGCAGACCAGGCUUCCUUCAACCUCCAGUUGCAGUUCCAGGUCUAGACUUUAAGAAUCCAGAUGAACCAGACUCCAGACCCAGUAAGCCUGAUCCUCCAGUGAUAACCUUGGAUUGGGUGCUGGUCAAUGAGCUGGGACAGUUCGGACGGUUCCAGCUCUACAAUCUGUUGCUGGUCUCCAUCCCUAUCAUCAUGUCUGCGUUCAUGAGCGAGUAUAUUUUCUCGGCCGCUCGGGUGCCACACAGGUGUGUGAUCCCAGAAUGUGGCGAAGUGGCAGGAGCAGUUCACGAGUACAGUCCCAGCUGGAUUCUCAACGCAGUUCCAGCUGACAGCAACGGGAACCCACAGAGCUGCGAACGCUACGUACCCUCAGGUGGAAGUGGCACUCCUCAGUCCUGUCCUGCGAAUAUCUUUAACCAGGGUGCUGUUCAGGAGUGCGACGGUUAUGUUUACGAUAGGACCAACUCUGUUGUGUAUGAGUUUGACCUUGGUUGUAACGAAUGGCUACGCGCACUAGCUGGUACUUUUGGUAGCGUGGGCACCCUACUUGUCCUUCCCAUCACCGGCUUCGUGUCCGACAAGUACGGCCGCCGUGUGGCCCUCGUCAUCAGCGUCUUCAACCUGGCUCUGUUCGGCCUCAUCAGGGCCUUCUCCGUCAACUAUCCCAUGUAUCUUGCCUUUCAACUGCUGCAGACGACUUUUGGUGCUGGCACAUACAGUUCUUCUUAUAUCUUUGCUGCUGAACUGAUGGGCCCCAAAUACCGAGUGCUAACAUCCGCGACCUGUUCCUCCAUGUUCGCCGUCGGCCAGGUCGUCCUCGGCGGCGUGGCGUGGCUGAUCCAGCCGUGGCGAUACAUGAUCAUGGCCAUCCACAUUCCCUGCUUCCUCAUCAUCGCCUAUUACUGGCUGCUGCAAGAGAGCGUGAGGUGGCUGCUCGCCACUGAGAAAUUUGUGGAAGCUAAAGCGGUUCUGGAUAGGGUGGCGAGAGUAAACAGGAAGCAGAUCAGUGAGAAGUCUAUGCAGGCGCUGUUGACGCCUGCGCCUGUGGAUGUUAAUCAGACUGGGAGCUCCGACGGUCUCAUCAAGACUAUCGUCAAGUCUCCCAUCCUCUUACGGCGUGUCCUCACGACUCCCAUCUGGUGGAUCACCUCCACGUUCGUCUACUACGGCCUGUCCAUCAACUCCGUUGGCCUGGCCGGCAAUAUGUACCUCAACUUCAUCCUCGUCUGCAUCGUUGAGAUUCCUGGCUACUACACCGCUGCACUUGUGCUCAAUCGCGUCGGAAGGAAGAUCACUCUCAGUUGCGGCUUCUUCUUGGCCGCUGUAUGCAAUAUUAUUUUUGCUUUUAUUGAUAAUAAUGAACUGGCGACCUUCAGUCUGGUCCUCUUCCUGAUAGGCAAGUUCGGUAUCUCCGUGGCUUUGACGACGCUGUACCUCUUCACAUCGGAGCUGUACCCUACACAGUUCCGGCACACGCUGCUCGCCUUCUCUUCUAUGAUUGGUCGCAUUGGCUCCAUCACUGCGCCCCUCACGCCUGCUCUGAUGGUGUACUGGGAAGGCAUCCCGUCCCUGAUGUUCGGGGUCAUGGGCGUGAUCUCCGGGCUCCUCGUGCUGACGCAGCCCGAGACCCUGGGCACGAAGAUGCCCGACACCCUGGCGGAGGCCGAGGCCCUAGGGCAGGACAAGGUCAAGCAGACUAGCUGAUUCUCUAAGAUUGGCUCUCUUUAGUAAUAGGAAUGUAGAGGUAUUUAUAACAAAGAAACGAGUUUUAUUUAUA